GUGUGUGUGUAAAGAAAAUUCUUUACUUUCUCCGUCUAUUUCGUGAUAAAUAAUGCGAAUUUCAUUGGAUAGGUGUAUACUUACGCAGAUGCUUACACUGAUACAUACAGAGAGAGAGAGAGAGAGCAGAAGAAGAACUGUUUCCUCGUGAUCCGUGCAAAUUGGUAACGUGAAAUCCCAUAUAUGCUUUCUUGUUGUAUUCCGUCGUCGCUUCUCGUUUCUUCAACCAUAAUACCACCAACUCCUGCUCCUGCUCCUUCUUCCUCCUGCAAUUAUUGUUCACAUUCUCCUCCUACUUGAUGUUUAAUCUUUAUGCUCUUUGAUUUUCUACUGCUUUCAAUAUUCUACCGGACUUCAAUUCUUCGGAGUGAAAUUCGUUUCCAUGGAGUCGAUUUUCCUGGUUCUGUAGCUGAGACAGCUUCUUGUUAUUUAUUAUUUGAGGGUUAUCGAGAAGUUAUGCAUAUUGAUGCAGGGUUAUUGAGAAGUUAUGCAUAUUGCUUCUGAUCCAAUGAGAAAUAUCUUUUGACAAGAAUGGAUCCUCAGGCUUUCAUUAGGUUGUCAAUAGGCUCACUUGGGCUGAGGAUUCCUGGAGCCAACUUGAAUUCUGCCAAAUCUGGGAUCCAGGCAUUAUCUUCUCCAUGUUCUUGUGAGAUAAAACUUCAAGGUUUUCCUGUUCAAACAUCAUCGAUCCCAUUUGUGUCUUCACCUGAAGCCAUUCCUGAUACUCAUAGCAUUGCCUCAAGCUUUUAUCUUGAAGAAUCUGAUCUGAAAGCACUAUUGGCACCUGGUUGCUUCUAUAGUCCUCAUGCAUGUUUGGAGAUUGCUGUAUUCUCAGGGAGGAAGGGAUCCCAUUGCGGAGUUGGGACCAAAAGGCAGCAAAUUGGGACAUUUAAGCUAGAGGUUGGUCCUGAAUGGUGUGAAGGUAAGCCAGUAAUCCUUUUCAAUGGUUGGAUAGGCAUUGGCAAAAGCAAGCAGGAGAGUGGGAAGCCAGGAGUUGAGCUUCACUUGAGAGUGAAACUGGAUCCCGAUCCAAGAUAUGUUUUUCAGUUUGAAGAUGUUACCACUUUAAGCCCUCAGAUUGUUCAGCUCCGAGGCUCCAUCAAGCAACCAAUUUUUAGUUGCAAAUUUAGUCGAGACAGGGUACCGCAGCUGGAUCCAUUGACUGCUUACUGGUCAGGUUCUGCUGACAGCUCCGAUCUAGAGACAGAGAGAAGAGAGAGAAAAGGAUGGAAGGUGAAGAUACAUGAUCUCUCUGGUUCGGCUGUUGCAGCAGCCUUCAUAACAACUCCCUUUGUGCCAUCAUCAGGUUGUGACUGGGUUGCUAGGUCUAACCCAGGAGCUUGGUUGAUUGUUCGCCCUGAUGUUUGCAGGCCUGAGAGCUGGCAACCAUGGGGAAAGCUGGAGGCAUGGCGUGAGCGUGGCAUCAGAGAUUCUGUUUGCUGCCGAUUUCAUCUACUUUCUGAAGGCCAGGAGGGAGGAGGGGUUCUGAUGUCUGAGAUACUUAUUAACGCUGAGAAGGGUGGGGAGUUUUUCAUUGAUACUGAUAGACAAAUGCGAACAGCAGCAACUCCAAUACCAAGUCCGCAGAGUAGUGGAGACUUUUCAGGCUUGGCUCCAGUUGUUGGUGGUUUUGUGAUGAGCUGCAGAGUGCAAGGCGAAGGAAAGAGCAGCAAGCCACUGGUACAACUGGCCAUGAGACAUGUGACAUGCGUGGAGGACGCUGCCAUCUUCAUGGCACUUGCAGCAGCAGUUGAUCUCAGCAUUGAAGCUUGCAAGCCGUUCCGUAGGAAGAUUAAGAAAGGAUCCCGUAAUUCUUUGUGAAAAAAAGAACAGAAACCAAUAUGAUUAAUUUAAGAACAAAGAAUGACAUUACCAUAUCUCAUCAAUGUUGUAAAACAUUUGGUAUUAUGUACAGAAUCUCCCUUUACAUCUCUCUA